AGAUAGUAAAUGUUGCGAAAUGUAGCAACUCUUCAUCGCCCGUGUUUCAUUUGGUUUGUUAUAAUUUUAAUAGUUUUGAGCUAAUUAUAGUCACUACCUUCUGUUAAAAACGAGCUUAUUAAUCACUCGACUUUUUGAAACUCACCACAAAAAAACAAAACAAAAAGUGAAGAACGAUCUUGAACGCACCCAGGUGUCGUCUGUUUACCUGAAGAUGGUGACCGUAGUGGAUCUGCUGAGUCUGCUGCUGGUGUCAGUGCUGUGGGGCUGCACCAACCCUUUCCUGAAAAGAGGAACAGAGGGCAUAGAAAAUGUGGCAGAGACCAACAGAGUGUCUCAGCUCCUGGCUGAAGUCAAGUUUCUGUUUCUUAACAUCAAGUACCUGGUCCCCUUUCUCUUGAACCAGAGUGGCUCUUUGAUCUACUAUUAUACUCUUUCCACCACAGAGUUAUCGGUUGUUGUUCCAGUGGCCAACUCGCUCACAUUCCUUUGCACUCUGCUCACCGGCAAGUUACUGGGUGAAGAGUUCGGAGGCAAAAGUGCUGUCGCUGGAAUGUUUCUCACCAUGGCUGGGGUCACUCUGUGUAUUAUAAGCUCCAUCACUGACAAUGACAACACUGGGAUGCAGAAUAUGACUCAGUCUGUGCGCUGAUGGAAAUGAUGGCAUUCAGCGCCUUCAAGAGAUUAGCAGGAAAAGAAAGACGGAGUUGGAGCAGGACCGGAGGGGCAAUUGAGAUGCAGAAAACGUUUCCUCAGAGCAACAUUUCUGCCGAAUUGUGCCUGAAUGAACUUGUCGUGAGUUUCAGAAGACCCGGUCAGAAUCUCUUAAUGCCAAGUAGACGGGGAAGUGAGUUCACGAUGAGUUCACCCGAGAGCUGCGUUAGAUUUAUGGCUCUCACAUUGAAGUUGGUGGUUGUUAACUUUUACUUUUAAGCACCCUGCUGCCCUGCCAUGGUACUGGCAUCUGCAUAAAAAUGGAGAACACAUUUAAAUAAGGCUGGGGUUUGAAAUGGACCAAUUAGAUGUCUCCUCUUGGAUUAAAAGCGACAUUGUACUAUAUAACAUUUGCACAAAUAGCAGUUAAGUAGGUGGAUAAUGCAGUUUUUAUAUGAUGCAGUAUUUAAGUUUAAGUAUUUAAAGUUUUCUCUUUAAAUUAUGUCUAGACAAAUUGUGCCAUAUUCAGAAAUAAAUCAUUGCACGGUAA